AUGCAAGUUCAGGCAAUUUUUGGAGUAGAUUAUGAUGUUGCGGCAAUUGGUGAGUUUGGGGUAUGUGCUAGAACCGUCUAUGUGCCAGAAAUCCUGCCGAACACAUUCUUAAAGGAAAUCCUGCCAAAAGGUGUUCACCAACACUCCUGUAAAAGUGUUAAGUCCCUGGGUGUUGAGCUAGAAUUCCAUAUGGAGAACGAGCAUUGUUGUUUGCAAGGUCUCAAUUAUUUACAUGGACCCACUUCUCAUUCAAGGUUCGAGUGGUCUGGUGUUAAGCUGUCUUUAUCAGGGCUUUGGGAGGGGGGCGUUAGAGGCAUAAGAGCAAGUAUCAAUAAAGAUAACAUAAUUCAACACUUGAAGAAAUGCUCAAACUUGACACAAAUAGAAUGUAUUUACACAUAUAUGGUCAAGAAAGGUUACAAUCAAGAUUGUUUUAUGAUAAACCAGUUUGUGACAGCUUGUUCGACUUUUUACCAGACAGACUAUGCAGUCGAAGCGUUUUCCCAUAUGGAUGAUCCGAAUGUAUUCGUGUAUAAUGCUGUUAUCCGGGCGGGUGUUUGUUGCUUUAAACCUAUCCUAGCUAUUUGGUUUUAUGUAAAAAUGUUGAGGGGUGGUGGAAUUAGUCCUACUAGCUAUACGUUUUCGUCGGUUAUUAAAGGUUGUGCUUUAUUUGGAGAGUCAAGAAUUGGAGAAGCUAUUAAUGGGCAUAUUUGGAAAUUUGGGUUCAAAUCACAUGUGUAUGUUCAGACAGCCUUGAUUGAUUUCUAUUGGCGUUUUGGGAUGAUUUUUGAAUCGAGACAGGUUUUUGAUGAAAUGGUGGAAAGAGAUGUUUUUUCGUGGACUUCAAUGAUUUCGGUUCUUGCAAAAUCAGGAGACUUGGUUUCUGCUAGGGAAUUGUUUGAUAUGAUGCCAGAAAGAAAUUUUGCUUCAUGGAACGCUUUGAUUGAUGCAUAUGCUAGAACUAAAGAUGUCGAGUCUGCAGAGUUUUUGUUUAGUAAGAUGCCUGAGAAAGACUUGAUAUCAUGGACAACUAUGAUUCACUGCUAUUCUCAAAACAAACUUUACCGAGAAGCAUUGGCAACUUUUAAUGACAUGAUGGAAAAUGGUAUUUUUCCGGAUCAAGUGACCUUGGCUACUGCUGUCUCGGCGUGUGCUCAUCUCGGGGCACUUGACAUAGGGAAAAAGAUACAUUUUUAUAUAAAAAACCAUCAUUUUGAUCAUGAUGUGUUUAUUGGGUCUUCACUGGUAGAUAUGUAUGCAAAAUGCGGCAACUUAGAAGAAUCACUGUUGGUGUUCUACAAAUUACCCGAAAAAAAUCUUUUUUGUUGGAAUUCCGUAAUUGAAGGGCUUGCAAUACAUGGGUAUGCCAAUGAAUCACUGAAAAUGUUGAAUAAUAUGGUAAAAGCAAACAUAAAACCAAACGGGGUUACUUUUAUUAGUGUCCUUAGUGCCUGCACGCAUGCCGGAAUGGUUAAAGAGGGACAACAAUGGUUUCUGAGCAUGACUCGUGAUUUUCUUAUUCCUCCUGAAAUCGAGCAUUAUGGGUGUAUGGUAGAUCUGUUGUCCAGAGCUGGUCUUCUAGACGAUGCGAUGCAACUAAUAAAGGACAUGAGAAUGGAACCAAAUGCUGUCAUUUGGGGUGCGUUAUUAGGCGGAUGUAAACUUCAGAAAAAUUUGGAAAUCGCUCAACUUGCUGUUAAUAAGUUGAUGGUUUUGGAACCAGAUAAUAGUGGGUAUUACACACUUUUAAUUAAUAUGUUUGCUGAACAAAAUAGAUGGAGUGAAGUAGGUAGAAUAAGGUCUGCUAUGAAAGAUCUUAGAGUGAUAAAAGAGAGUCCUGGGUCAAGCUGGAUUGAGAUAGAUGGGAGGAUUCAUCAGUUUUCAGCUUCUGACAAGUAUCAUGAAUCUUGUUAUGAAAUUUACUUCCUGCUUGAUAAGUUAUGUAUAGCUGAAUAUGUCGUUGCUCUCUAAUGAUUACCACAUGUAAUCUUGAUUACUAGAGACUCUCUCGAUUUGUUUUUAUUUUAAUUUUCAUUUUCACGUAAAUGAUAGAGAAGUUUUUACUGUA